AUGGAUGGGUUAAGUUUACCUUACUGUAAAAAUCUAUAUGAUUACUUAAUAAAAUGGGGAGACUUCCUAUCGUUUAAACUGGAAUUUUCUCCAGAUCAACCAGGAUUUGAAGGUCAAUCAUUCUUUAUCAACGAGGAUACUCAAAAUCAAACCGUUGAAUUGGUCUGUUUCAAAAGUACAUUUCUAAAAGUAUUUGCAGAAGCUCAUAAUAAUUUUAACAAAUAUGUAAGUCAUUCGAUUGAAAGUCCUAUUGACUGGGAUGUUUACUAUAUGACCAUAGGCUAUUUAAUGACAACACCCGAGAACAAGACAAUUCUGAACUUGCAUGAAGAUUGUGUGCUAAAGUUGUUAUCGCAGUCCCCCGAUAGAAUGGAUUUUUUGACAAAGGAACUAUUAGUUACUCAGAGUCUAUUGACAUCGACACGGAAUUCAUUGAAUAAAUCAUCAUCCAUGUGGUAUUGGUAUCGAAAACUAUAUAUAUUAUUCGGGCAGCAUACUGCAGUUUCAGAUGAAACUCUAUUAAUGAAAUGGAUUCCCACCUUUAAAAACUCCGCAGAAUUACAUAAAUGCAACUAUUAUUGCUGGAACACAGUUCGAUGGUUUUUUGAUAUCGUACCUUCCCUCAAGGUGAAAACAGAUUUAUUUGAGAUGACAAAAGAGUUCUGUUUUAAGCAUGUUUCUGACUGUUCAAGUUGGGAUACAUUAGGGUAUAUAGUAUCUCAUCAACAGGAGAAUAACAAGUUUAAUUUUAAGAAUUACACCUUUCUACAAAAAAGAUAUCAAUCGAAUAAAAAUCUCAACACAAGCGUUAACCUAACUCCACCUGCUUCAAUGGCACUAACUCUGGAUAUUGAAUCUAUUAUCAAUGAACUUGUCCGUUAUAUCGACUUGUUACCGGUGAAAGAUUGGACAGUGUUUGUAUGUCUUUCAAGAAUUAUUAAUUCAUCAAAGAUAAGUCUCGAUAACCAUAUAAGAAAAUGUUGGUUGGAUCAAAUAUCGAAAUUUGAGGAUCGACAAGGUUCAAUAAGUUAUAAAAAUAUGAACCCAAUUGUUCCAUUAUCAAAAAUGGACGAUUUAACUAUUUCUAAUCAGGUUCUUCAUUUUGGAUGGAAAAAAAGGUUUCUAAAAACCAUUUGA